AGAAACGCUCGACUUUACGGUACAAAAAGUCCUGAGACGUUUUCGGCCUACCAAAGUAUUGCGUCGUGUGCGUAACGGCCGCGUCUUGGAUGGUACAAGCGAGCCAGCGGUGGUGGGACAGCCGAGGACGCACGAAUGGCGGACAUUCGAAAGAAACUUGUGGUGGUGGGAGACGGGGCGUGCGGGAAGACAUGUCUGCUCAUUGUGUUCAGCAAAGACGAGUUCCCGGAGGUCUACGUUCCCACGGUAUUCGAGACGUACGUAGCGGACAUCGAGGUGGACAACAAGCAAGUCCAGCUGGCGCUCUGGGACACAGCCGGGCAGGAAGACUACGACCGGCUGCGGCCAUUGUCCUACCCAGACACCGAUGUCAUCCUCAUGUGCUUCUCCGUGGACAGCCCGGACUCGCUGGAGAACAUCCCGGAGAAGUGGGUGCCCGAGGUGAAGCACUUCUGUCCCAAUGUGCCCAUCAUCUUAGUGGCCAACAAGAAGGACCUUCGACACGACGAGGACGUGAAGAGGCCGGUGAAACCCGAUGACGGACGUGCCAUGGCGGCACGCAUCGGGGCCUAUGACUAUCUGGAAUGUUCAGCCAAAACUAAGGAGGGCAUCUGGGAAGUUUUCGAGACGGCCACACGGGCGGCACUGCAGAAGAAGGCCACGCCACAGCGGGAGUGCGUCAAGUGCUGUGUGCUGAUGUGAGCUUCACUGAGGAACCUGGACAUGGUUCUACUGAGACGGGACCGGACACACUCCAGCCCCGUGUGUAAACACAGGCCAAAUGGUAGGCCUACUCUGAGCCUUGCCAGCAAGUUUGGUGAAGACGGUUACCAAGGAAACGUCAACACAGUGAAGUGGGCUUAUGAAGUGACCAACCUUUAACACUAGGAACUACUUACAGGACAAAAUUACUUUGCGUUCAAACUUGGCAUGUUUUUUUAGCCCUUGUUGCUAAACUAUUUUGAUGCUACUACUACUACUAUCAAGUCAUUUGAUUUGAGAUAUUAAAAAAAACAAUUAGUGAAGUGCUGUGUGUUGAUGUGACCUGGACAUGGUUCUACUGAGACCGGCCUGGACCACAAACACAGCCCUGUCUGUUAAAAUAGGCUAAAUGCACGGCCUACUCUUAGCCCGGCCAUCAAGUUUAGUGAAGACGGUUACCAAGGAAACAUCAACACCGUUAAGUGGGCUUACUAAAACUAGGAACUGCUUACAGGGCAAAAUGACUUUGCGUUUAAACUUGGCAUGUUUUUUUUUUUUUUUAAUGUUUUUUUUUAGCCCUGUUGCUAGGCUGUUUUUGUCACAAUUCUGAGCUUCCAAAGUAGGCCUAAUUCUAUUAACUUGAUCUGGUUUAUAGUUUGGCUUAUAGUUAAUAACCUUUUAAUUUCUUGUAAGGUAUUUAUUUUAUUUAUGUAUUUUUUUCUCAAUUAGCUAAUUAGUAGGUUAAUAACUACAUAAUUACAUAGGUACUCAUCUGCCAUGAGGCCACAUGAGGCUUUGUUGACUACACUUUAAGGCCAGUUCUUACGAGUACUUCAGUACAGUAGGCCUAACACUACUGUGGAAUGCCAAGUAAGCUCAUAGAGUAGGCUAAAAUUGAUCCCAGUGCUAGUGUUGUCACGAUACUAAAAUAUAUAUUUCAGAUCUGAUUCAAUACUUGAUGCCGAUUAUGAUGCCAUGAUGAAAAUGUAAUUUUCAUACAAAAUAUACUGUUUUUAUCUUAACAUGAGGUUGUAUAGUAGUUGUGAUAAAGCUCAAAUUUUGUCCUGAUAAUGUGAUUAUUUUUUUUUUUUUUUAAAUAAAUAUCUAGUUUUAUAUUAAUUUUAGUAUUGAUUAGUACUGGAGGUUCAAUACUUCUGACAGCCCUAACCAGCACUAAAUGAGAUUGGUCUAACUUUAUAGUCUAACAUGAGUCUAGCGGUAGGACGACAUGCUGAGUAGGCCGACAUGCUGAGUAGGCCGACAUGCUGAGUAGGCCGACAUGCUGAGUAGGCCUCUGUGUGGACAUGUAUGGACAGAGCACACUCCAGCUCCCUGCAUCCCGGCCGUUACACUCUGCCCAGGCGGCACUAAUGACUGUGGGAUGUUGUUUUGGACACAGGGUCCGGGCAGCUGAUCCACACCCAGAUGCCCGGGCUUUAACAGCAGGCUCUUUGUGCAUCACGAGGAGAUGAACUGAGCAGGAGCUGAGGGGCUUGUGAGAUGUUUCUGCUGAAGCCAGUGGUGCUCAGAUCUUCACCAGCGCAGAAGAUAGGAAGCAGCUGGUGAUGGUGUUGACUACAAAUGAUUUUGUUUAAGCACAAUUCAAAACUAAAACUGGGCAAAAUGUCUUCAAAUAUAAUAUUUGCCGUAAAGCAAUACACUGCAAAAAAGGAACGUCUCAAAUUUAAAUGACUUGGAUUUAGAAUAAUGAUCUGAGUUGUAGUUUUUGUUCAUUUUUGUAACUUCACUCAAAAAUGUUGUUUUAAACAACAUUUAUGUGAACAUAUAUGUAAUAAGUAUUUUACAUAUAGCUAUGUACAUUUUCAAAUAGUAAUAUUACUUCUACUACUUCCCAAAGAAUCUCACAUCAUUUGAUUUAAAUCAUCUGAACAUUUCAGAGGCAUUGUACCUGAUUUUUACCAUCUUACAACGUGCAAAAGAGAACUAUUUCAUUUUAAGUGGUAAAGCUAACAACAAGCAGCAUGCUAAUGAGCACUUCCUCAUUAUCAGACAUUAAAACACUUAUAAUUGGAUGCAGACAGCACACAGCGGACUUACUGUGACUUAAGGAGCAGAUUUUUUACUAUAUAUUUACAAAUAAUUGCUCAAAUCCACAGUAAAAGAAACCAGGUACAGGGCUUUGAAGGUGUUUGUUUUUUGCAGUGUAAGUUUGUGCACCACAUGUUGAGAACCACUGCUGCUGUUUUCCUAUGAGUCUGAACUUUGAGCCAAGGAUUCCACUGUUUGGACAUGAGAGCCAGUGUUAGCAGAUGCCUUAACCCUGUGGUCAGCUGUGGUCAUGCGUGCAGUCUGCGGUCACUAACAGACUGACAAAACCACUGUCAAAUGUGGGGCCAAAAUGAGGAAACGUAGGCUGUGUUCACGUGUUCACGUUCUACGACUCGAUGAUUUCAUAGUUUCAGACGGACGGCAGAGUCUGUAGAACUCUAUGGGAGAUUUAUUGUUAAUGAAAGAAAUCUCUGAUAACUUCUGAUGCGCAAAUGCUGAACCUGAUCCUUGUUUGUUUAAGAUAAAGUCUACAAACUUGUCAUAUUAACAGAGGUGGGUAGAGUUGCCAGAUAUUAUACCCAAGUAAUGUUACUUCAAAAUACUCACUUAGAAGUACGAAAUAGUUGUCCACGAAACGACUCAAGUAAGAGUAAAAAAGUAUUUGUCAUGUAAAAGUAAAAUAGUAACUCAGUACAGCACAUUUGAUUUAUAAUUUGAAGUGAAUGUAAUUUGAAGGACAAAACAUUAAAUAAUGCACAAAAUCUAGUAUUUUCAAAGUAUAGACACAAAAAUGAGACAAACUAAAUCACAUCUGAAGGAGCUACAAGAAACAAAUAAUGAAAUCAUUUUAAUUUGUCAACAUAAAGCUUUUGUCACUAGUAGACUUACUCACAGUGGGGAGAGGAACCAAAACCAAUACUCAAGAGCCAGAUAAACCAGAUCUACAAAUCUGCAAUCUGACAGUUACGUAACUUCACCUGAGAACUCUGACCUGUCUUCAGCUCUGUUUAAACUAUAGAGAUUGUAGAAUAUUGUGAUGACACGUGAACAUGUCCUAUACACGAAUAAAACGACUCAGCAGCCACUACAGGCCAAUCUAAUACCAGCCAAGUAUUGUGCCAUAUUAACAAAUAACUGUGUUUUCCGCUGUUAUGAAAAAGUAUUACCAAGUGCUGGACAUUGGUAGCUGGCUCAAAUCUCACAUUUGUGUGUUUUGUUUUGUAAAAUUGCACCUGUUAUUUAUGUGAACAUUUGGAGAGUUCUUGCCACCACAGUGUGUGUAUGAUGGACACUUUUAUAGACUAAACAGAUUUGAUUCAAAA